AUGACAGAACCCAGUGUGGAUGCAAGCAUAGUGAAUGCGGUCGAGGGUAGCGGUAGUGAAGCGACCAGACAACCUACCGGUAGGUCGUCGUGUACCAAAGUGGUGGUAACACUGCUCGUCGUUAUGGGGUUCCUUGGAUCUGUGAUGAAGAGUACAAACAAGACAGCUGCUCUAUCGAACCUGGGCGAUUCAAGAAGGAGGCUGCAUCAUGCUGAAAGAAUAAAGAAGCGACAGCGACGGAGCUUGCACGAUAAAGAACAUCCUCAACUACUACGCCACAACAACAAACAUCAUCGAGACUUGAAGCUCUUGCAACGAGAUUUCGUGGACUGUUCCAAAUAUCAGUACAGCUUGAGCAUCACCGACAAGCUGCACAUCAAGUACGUUGUGAACGUUGACGACAUGGCUCCCGGGGGAGGAUCACUUUCCGUCGAAAUGGUGUACCAGGGUCAGUCAUGGUUGGGAUUUGCUCAUAGUGAAAGAGCUUCCAUGUUGGGAUCGAUCGGUGUCAUUGGAAUACCAGACCCCGAGUCGGAGCAACACAAAGUUCAGAAAUAUAGCCUCGGAGGCAAGGAUCCGGGCGGUGUUUGGCCCCUAGUUCCAUUCAAGCAGACUUUGAUCAAUGCCACCCUGGAACAGACUGAUGAUUUUACAACCAUGAGGUUCACGAAACUCCUGAUGGAACCGGGAGAGUUGACCCUCCAGCCCAAACUGUCGAAUACCUUCCUCUUUGCACACGGUUUGAGCAAUGAAUUGGGCUACCACGAGGCAAGGGGAGUGGCCGUGCUGGAUCUCCAGCCAUGCAUACCGUCUGUGCUGCCAGAGAACGACGAGGGAAACCCAGCUUCUGGCAAAAGGCGAUACGAUACUGGGGGCUAUGUCAUCACGAUAGGAGAUGGCUCUGGCGGAGGGGGUGGCACUGAUGGUCUCAUGUCCGAGUUGGCGGAGGAAGGACUGAUUGAUCAAUCCUUUGCAGCGCCAAGCUCAGAGGAAUACCAACAAAGCCAAUUCGCAGUGAAUCAUGACGACAAUCAUUCCAAUGAGACUGUUGUCCAUUCCGUGUCUGAACCGACGACAUCAAGACUAACUUCUGCCUCUAAAAUCUGGUGGACCCUUCAUGGGGUAUUUGCGACACUGACCUGUGGCAUUCUUCUGCCCAUAGUCCUUGGUUCCUCCCUGUUGCAGGGGUGCUGCGGUGGCAAGCCAUCUUCCAACAACAGGCUGUAUCGGUGGGCAAAUGUUCUGGUGGUUGUCAUGGUGACAGCUACAUUCGUUACAGCUGUCAUUGGGGCUCAACAGGAGAGCGCCAACAACACGACAACAGUUGAUCAUCAAAGGCUCUUGAAACAAUCUGCAAAUAAUUCGAAGACUUUGCACAGUCCUGUGGGCUUGACACUGUUUAUAGUGCUCACGUUCUAUUCGUUGACGGGAUCACUCCGAUCUUGUCUUCCAUGGAACGUUGGCAGCCAAUUCAGAGGCUCAGACGAUGAUCGGAAAUCAGGUCCAUCCGAUUUCAACAGCGACGACAUGAAGAGCAGUUUAGACCUGAUCAGCAUAGCCACCUUUAGAGUGUCAUGGGAUCGGUCUCACUGCAUUGUCGGAAUCAUUCUGCUUGGUUUGUCCAUCUGGCAAUGUCUCACAGGCAUGGAGCUCUUUCAAAGUAGUUUCCAUGAGUCAUGGUUUACCAAUGCUAUCUUUUGGGGUCUAAGCGGAACCACCAUGGGAAUUGUUUGCUUUCUGUGCUUCCUGCAGUUGGUGAGUACUGUAGCUACAAGUGGAGUGUUGAGUGAUGCACCAAGAUCCGAUUCCAAUGGUGUGAACUUAAUUCUUGAGUUUGCUAAUGAUGCUCCUGUUGCUCUCUUUCCACUCAGUGCUAUUUGA